GACCCUCGCCACUCCGGAGUUCUUUGACCUUGGGCAGGAGACCGCAACCUUGCUUCCCCUCUCCCCGGUGAAAUGGAGAUCCCAACAGCCUUGCCAUUCAUCAUGUAAAUAAGUCAAGUUUGAUAUAAAAGAAUUUUGAAGUUCCUCAUUUGCCUGACUAAAAAGCAUAAGCAAAACAUUGCAAAUUGGAAAACCAGUUAGCUUGGCUGCCUUCUUCUACCUGGCUCCCUUUUUCUAACUUCUCGACCAUAGUUUAAAAUGAAGCUCUUUGGCCUUGCUCAGACUUGUACCUGGAAGAUGGAAAGUAUCUGGCACCAAUUCGGGCUGAGUCAUUUGUGAUCCGUGACUCUUGUGAUAUGCCGAAGAUUCCAGGCAGUUUCUGUGGAACAUCUCCCCAUCAAGCUCUAAUCAAGCAUCAUAUAAACAAGAAAUUGUUUGGUCAAACCUGUGAGGACUGUGCUCUGACUGCCAAAAAGAUCAGUACUGACAUCAGAAUGGCAGCUACUCUCAAAUUAUUAAAACCUUUAAAAUAUCAAGCAUUUCGCGAUUCUUUUGCCUACAGUGCCACCCAAAGUGUGGCAUAUUGGAAUAUGGGAAGCAAUAUACGGCAUAGGGGACAGGCCCCUCCUGAGCGUAGUAGUUCCUGCCAUCCUGCCAGAAAAGUUAAGAACGUUGGUAGCGCCACCUUUUCUCAGAGGGUCUUCACAAUCAGCAGUGCCUUUCUGGGUUUGGAAUUCAGCAAAGCUUCUACCUCUAAAGCCAGGAAGUUGCAGCUGGACUCACCCAGGACUAUGAAAAUUGAUGAAGAGGAUGUAGAAGUUUUUGAUUCCUUUGAAGGCACCCGAGUUUUCCUACAGCUAAGGCCAGAAUACCAGCUUCACAGCUAUAACAGAUCUGAGACUUGUCAGCCCCUCUCUGUUUCAGAAGGUGAACUAAUUUUGCACAAAGUCACAGUUUAUCAAAGUAACCUUCAACCUCAAAUCAUUGCUGAUUAUUUUUGUAAGCUGAGCUCUUUGCCUACAGAACAGCAUCCUGUUUUGCUGACAAGUACCAGCUUUGCUCUGCUCUGCCAAUUGAGUGUGAAAAAUAUACAAGUCUUUGAUAUUCCAGAUCUAAUCAGUAUUUUGAAAGCCUUUGUUAGUUUAGGAAUUCCUCACUCUCAUUCAAUGCUAGAUGUGUAUAAAACCAGGUUUUGUCAACAGGUAUGGGAGAUGAGUCUGAAUCAGCUUCUCUUGGUGGCUGAUCUCUGGCGGUGCUUAGGUCUCAGAGUACCUCAGUUUUUAAAAAUUUUUUUUAGUUACCUUAAUUUGCACUGGAAAGAUCUAUCCUUGUCCCAGCUGAUUCACUUAAUUUAUAUUAUAGGUGAAAGUCGACAGGUGCCUCAGGACCUAAUGCAAAAACUGGAAUCAUUGAUCCUUAAGUAUAUAGAUUUGAUCAACUUAGAGGAGGUUGGUACAAUCUGUUUGGGAUUCUUUAAGUCAAGUAGUAGUCUCUCUGAAUUUGUAAUGCGGAAACUUGGAGAUUUGGCUUGUGCUGACAUGGAGCAUUUGAGUAGUCAUGCCUUAGUGCAUAUUCUUAAAAUGUUCAGAUUCACUCAUGUGGAUCAUGUAAAUUUCAUGAAGCGCUUUGGAGAGAUAGCUCCUCAGCGAAUUCCUUCCCUGGGGGUUCAGGGUGUUAUGCACCUGACUCUUGCCUGCUCAGCUUUACACUUUCUGGAUGAAGGAGUAAUGAAUGCUGUGGCUGCUUCUUUGCCUCCUAGAGUAGUGCACUGUCGCAGUAAAGAUAUUGCCAAAAUUCUAUGGUCAUUUGGAACUCUGAAUUAUAAGCCACCCAACACAGAAGAAUUUUAUUCUAGCCUGAUCAACGAAAUUCACAGAAAGAUGCCUGAAUUCAACCAAUAUCCAGAACACCUGCUCACCUGCCUGCUGGGUCUGGCAUUUUCGGAGUACUUUCUAAUGGAGCUUAUUGAUUUUGCUUUGAGUCCAGGGUUUGUCAAGCUAGCUCAGGAGAGAAGUAAAUUUGAACUCACCAAGGAACUGUAUACUCUUGAUGGUACAGUUGGUGUUGAGUGUCCAGAUUAUAGAGGCAGUCGUCUUAGUUCUUACCUUCAGCAAGAGGCAUCUGCUAAGCUUUGGAAUUUAGCAAGGAAAGAUAUGAACUCAAAGCCUGAAUUCCUAGAAGCUCUCUCUUUACUUGAGACCAUGUUGGGCGGCCCCCAGUACAUCAAGCACCAUAUGAUUUUGCCUCAUACUCGGUCUUCUGACUUAGAGGUCCAGCUUGACAUUAACAUGAAGCCAUUACCAUUUAAUAAAGAAGCCAUACCAGCUGACGAUGUAGCCAAAUUAAGGUUUAAGCAUGUAGGAGUCAGCCUUACAGAUAAUUUGAUGAAUCAGUUGCUGAAAGGGCAAGCAAGAGGGCAUUUCCAGGGGAACAAUGAGUCAGAGACUUUGCAGCAGCCUGUAAAGUCAGAGAAAGAAUCCUUGGGGAACUUCCUUUCCAAUAUGGCAGGUAGAUUGGGAGCUGUGGAGAUGGCUGGCCUGCAUCCCUCAGCCCAUGUGCAGGCCCCACCAGUGAAGCUGGCUAUUCAGUUGACGAACAGGAACCAAUAUUGCUAUGGUUCCAGGGAUCUGCUUGGACUGCACAAUAUGAAGAGGCGGCAGCUGGUUCGGCUUGGGUACCAUGUGGUAGAAUUAUCCUACUGGGAAUGGCUCCCACUACUAAAACGAACGCGCUUAGAGAAGCUGGCUUUCCUCCAUGAGAAAGUGUUCACUUCUGUUCUCUAAAGGGCUUUCAUGGGUAUUUUUACUCUAAACUGUUGGUGUACAGGUUGAGCAUCCCUAAUUUGAAAAUCAAAAACGUUCCAGAAUCUGGAACUUUUGAGUACCACCAUGACAUUCACUUUGGAUUUUAGACUUUUGGAUUAGGGAUAUUCAAAUGGUAGUCUAUGCAGAUAUUUCUUAAUCUGAAGCAUGAAGCAACUCAAAGUCUUUCUUGUCUCAAGCUUUUUUUUUUUUUUAACUAGGAACUGAGCCAGAGGCGCCACAUUCCGACCCUUUUUGUUGUUGUUGUUUUGAGACAGGGUCUUGCUAAGUUGCUUAGGACCUCUCUAAGUUGAUGAGGCUAGCUU